AUGUUCAUUGAAAACACAAAAUCUGCAAUUCAAGAAAUACCUUUUCCGAUGAUCACGAUUUGUCCAUCGAGCCAAAUGCGUAAAUCAGUUUGGGAAAAAUACUCCGACACGAACAGUUCUUAUUGGAAAAACCUUCAACAAUAUCGGUCUUUAACCUGUUCUUCAUAUGUUUAUGCUUCUGGAUUGAAAGGAUAUGCCGAGCAUUAUUUGGACAUCAAUUGGUUCAGACAAAUUAUGAAAGAUUGCGCGAUUAGUUGCUCAGAAGUAUUUCAAUCUGAGGUUGAAUGGCAGAACACAACAUUGAGCAAUUUUUGUCAAUUUGUCCAACCAGUAUUAGGCAUUUUUGGAUUAUGUUUUGCAAUUAAUAUGAUGCCUGUAUAUCAAAUAUUAAACGAUGCAAAUUAUCAAGGGUCAAAAUGGACCUUCGACGACGGUUACUCAUUAUUUUCAGACAAAGAUGUCCUUUUCAGUAUAACCCCAGCUCGAACAAGUGGUGUUAGUUACUAUCACCGCUUAAGAUUGAAGUUACACACAACAGAGAAUGAAUUUUCGGCUUGUCCUAAUAAUGACUUCAAUGAAGAUUUUUUCCUGGUUAUAAUAUCUAAUCCUGGUGAAUUACAUAAUAUGUAUAAAACUAGAUCAUAUGUAGCAUCAGACACAUACCAAAAAAUUCAAAUCACUCCGUUCGUAAAAAAAAUGAAUUCGGACUUGAUGUGGCGUUCUCUGAAAAUUAGGAAAUGUUAUUUACACAACGAGAGAAAACUAUCCAUAUUUCGACUUUAUACGGAGUCCAAUUGUAAUGAAGAAUGUAGAAUAAACAUAACUAUUUCAAUGUGUGGCUGUGUUCAUUACAACUCAGCUUUUUUAGUGACUUCCGGCGUCAAAUUAUGUGGUCCAGCGAAAAGAAGUUGUGUGCAAAAAGCUAUACGUAAUAAAAAAUAUCUGAAAUAUUAA